GGACUUCCGGCGUCCGCAGCGGAAACCCCUGGCUUCUCUAGGUCCCGUGCGGUGUGCACGCGGAAACCCCAGGUCGGGGUCCUGCUGGUCCGGCUCGGGCCGCACUCCGGGUACCUGCGGGCUUCUCGCCGGUGCUCCGGUGCUGGGUAGACUCGCCGGCUUUCCAGGAUGCAGGUUGUGGAACGUGUCCUCUAAAACCACCGGCGAGGGGAAGCUGUGAUGUAUACGAGGUUAAGUUCUGCACUACCUGGAGCGGAAGCCGCCUUAACCCGCUUCGUCUCCGGUAUCGCGCUUUAACGAAGUUCCUCCCAUUUCUUCAAAAUGAAUGUGACUGUCCGUUUCUUCAGACCUUUUGCCAGAUGUCUGGUGCCAUAUACCUGUCAUAGGAAGAGAAGUAAUGUAUAUUCAGGAGUUCUGCGGAGAUAUAUGUCUUCCAAAGUACCUUCUCUGUCCUGUCAUAAUAAGGACAGUGCAUCCCCUCCUGAGCAGCUAGAAUUGGAUGGGUGGAAAGCUACAAUGAAGUCUAGUGUUCAAGAAGAUGGUGUUUCAGAGGUCUCAGACAAAGAUGAUUCCCUAGCUGCAACCAGAGAGUUAAUUGAGAUGUGGAGAUUGCUUGGCAAAGAAGUACCAGAACAUAUUACUGAAGAAGAACUCAAAACCCUUACAGAAUGUGCUUCUAAAUCAGCCAAAAAGAAAUACUUAAGGUAUUUGUAUGGCAAGGAAAAGGUGAAAAAAGCUAAGCAAAUAAAGCGGCAAAUGAAAGCAGAGGCCAGGGAGGAGGCAAAGAGGGCCAGGUCGCUAGCGAGCACCAUGGGGGAAGAGCAGCAGGACUUCAUGUUUCUUCGCCUCUGGGACCGACAGAUCAACAUUGCACUGGGUUGGAAAGGCGUCCAGGCCAUGCAGUUUGGACAACCUUUGGUUUUUGACAUGGCCUAUGAUAAUUACAUGAAACCAAGCGAACUGCAGAAUACUGUUUCUCAACUUUUAGAAAGUGAAGGAUGGAACAGAAGAAAUGUUGAUCCCUUCCACAUUUAUUUCUGCAAUCUUAAAUUAGAUAGUGCUUAUCAUAGAGAGUUAGUUAGACGUUAUGGAGAAAAAUGGGACAAAUUGCUUUUAACAGCAACAGAAAAGUCUCCCGUUGAUUUAUUUCCAAAGGACAGUAUUAUAUAUUUAACUGCAGAUUCUCCCAAAGUUAUGACUACCUUCAAGCAUGAUAAAAUUUAUAUAAUUGGAUCAUUUGUUGAUAAAAACACACAGACAGGAACAUCCCUAGCCAAGGCUAAACGACUAAACCUAGCAACAGAAUGCCUUCCACUAGAUAAAUAUUUACAGUGGGACGUUGGUAACAAAAAUCUCACCUUAGAUCAAAUGAUGCGAAUUUUGCUCUGCCUGAAAAACACUGGUAACUGGGAGGAGGCUCUCAAGUUUGUUCCCAGGAGAAAGCAUACUGGGUAUUUAGAGGUUUCUGAGCAUUCUCAGGAACUUUUUAGGAAUCUGAAGAAGACAAAGACUUUAAAUUCAUAUCGAAAAGGCUCCUUAAGUGAACGCACGUGGAAAAGGUGACCUGAGAAAGUAAUGGUGUAAGAAGUAAAGAGGCUGGAAGUGCAGUUAAAGGAUGGAGUUACUCCUAAAUGGAGUUACCUCUUAAAGGCAGUCUUUCUAGUCUUAAUAGUACAGGUUUGCUUGGUUUUUUGUUGUUUGCUUUUUUGACACAGGAUUUCUGUGUAGCCUUGACUGUCCUGCAACAAGGCCAAACUAGGUGUAAGGAUCAGCAAAAUUUUGAAAGUAUGUUGUCUUGUAAAAACAAUCAAAUUUAUAGAUUAGAAUUGUACACAAUAAAAGUUAAGUACCUAUUUUUAAUUGA